AUGCCUGACUUCUACUUACUCAACGUUGGAAGUGUGGAUACGAGAAAAGCCCUCAUGAAACAAUUUGGAUCAAUGCAAAAGUCCGACAUAUACCGGUUUGCUGAGUAUCUUCAUCUUGUUCCUCCAAUCGAUAGCGAAGAUUCAAUAUUGGAGAAGUGCAGCAAAGAGUUCCUCACAGAGACUGUUACACUCCACUGUGAGCGCCGGGUGAACCAACUGCAGCAACUCAACGAACAGCCGUUGUAUCCAACUGAACAAGUUAUUUGGGAUGAGAACGUUGUUCCAUACGAGAGCUAUUCUGGCGAAGGCGUUCUUGCGUUGAAUAAGUUGAACCUACAGUUUCUGACCUUACACGACUACCUACUGAGGAACUUCAAUCUUUUCCAGCUGGAGUCAACAUAUGAGAUCCGACAAGAUCUUGAAGAUGUGCUGUUUCGUAUGAAACCAUGGCGGCACGAGUCUCGCAAUGAAACCAUCUGGGGAGGAUGGGCUCGCAUGGCCCUUCUUCUCGACUCUUUUCAGAUAGUCGAGGUUGGUAAACCUUUUGUUGGCGAUAAAAGCCCGUCAGUAGUGAAAGGCGAAUUCGCCGUCAACGUUGGUCGUCGAAUGGAUAUCAAACAGGAGUGGGAAAAUUUGCGGAAACAUGACGUUUGUUUCCUGGUCACUUGUCGUUCUACGCAACCAGUUGGUACUAAGUAUGACAUCAGGAAACCUUUCAAGGACCAAAUUCAGGUCACAUACGUUCGCGGCUGUGAGAUAGAAGGAAUGAUGGACCAAAACGGGAACGUCAUCGAGGAAUACGAAGCGUACGAGAAAAGACCACAAAUCCAGGGUGAUAUUCGGAGGUAUCGUGUCUUCUUAGAUCCAAACCAGUAUAGGAUAGAUAUGGAAAAUCGAGUGGAAAAAGGCGCUGAGGAUGUGUACUAUACGUUCAAUCUCGUAGUCCGACGUGACCCGAAGACGAACAACUUCAAAGCCGUUCUGGCUACCAUGCGACAGCUUUUAAACACGGAAUGCGUUGUGCCUGACUGGUUAACUGACAUUGUGCUUGGCUAUGGUGAACCAGAUUCAGCCCACUAUUCAAAGAUGAGUAAUGUUGUACCCUCGUUGGACUUCAAUGACACGUUUCUGUCGUUCGAACAUCUAAAAGAGUCUUUCCCUGGUUAUCAAAUUGAAGCAACGGUCGAAGAGGAUAAAAUGAUCCCACCGUUUCAGUUGACCUUCAAAGAUCUUAUACGGAAGGGUGGGAAUGAAGGCGAGAAAGUGAUUGAGGUGACACCUCUGAAGCGAGAACCUCAAACUCCUUACGUAAGCUAUCCGAACAAAAAUCAAGUGAGGUUGACCUUCAAAGAUCUUAUACGGAAGGGUGGGAAUGAAGGCGAGAAAGUGAUUGAGGUGACACCUCUGAAGCGAGAACCUCAAACUCCUUACAUAAGCUAUCCGAACAAAAAUCAAGUGAGGUUCACACCUGCGCAAAUCGAGGCUAUCAAGGCUGGUAUGCAGCCUGGAUUGACCAUGGUUGUCGGACCGCCAGGUACGGGAAAAACUGACGUGGCAGUGCAAAUCAUUUCCAAUAUCUACCACAACUGGCCUCAACAACGGACCUUGAUUGUUACCCAUUCUAAUCAAGCUCUGAAUCAGCUUUUCGAGAAGAUCAUAGCUUUGGAUGUCGAUGAGAGGCAUCUUCUUCGAAUGGGUCAUGGCGAAGAAGGUCUGGAAACUGAGAAAGAUUUUUCACGUUAUGGUCGUGUCAAUCACGUGCUCAGGGAGCGAUUGAGGCUACUCUCAGAGGUAGAACGUCUUCAACAUGCGAUGAAAGUUAUCGGGGACGUGUCCUACACUUGUGAGAAUGCUGGACAUUUCUUCCGCUUCAAUGUAUGUCGCGCAUGGGACGAGUUUAUGGAGAAAUGUGCGAUAGAAAAGGAUGGACUAGUGGCCGAAGUAUUUCCUUUCACGGGAUAUUUCAGUGAUAUUAAUCCAUUGUUUAGUGGUUCAUUCAAAGCUGAUAUGGAAGUUGCGCGUAGCUGUUGGCGGCAUAUUAAUCACAUUUUCGAGCAACUUGAAGAGUUCCGUGCGUUCGAGUUGCUUAGAAAUGGCAGAGAUAGAACAGAGUAUCUUUUGGUGAAAGAAGCUAAGAUUAUAGCGAUGACUUGUACUCACGCGGCGUUGAGAAGAAAUGAGCUGGUACAGCUUGGAUUCCGUUACGAUAACAUUCUUAUGGAGGAAGCAGCUCAAAUACUGGAAGUCGAGACUUUCAUUCCGUUGCUUUUACAGAAUCCGCAAGAUGGCAGGAAUAGACUGAAGCGGUGGUGCAUGAUUGGAGAUCAU